AUGUUCUACAAAACUCAACUACCGGGUAACUGGUUUGCCGAUGGUACUUUCAAAGUUGUCCGGGAAUUAUUUUACCAGCUAUACACUAUGCAUGCUUUGAUGGAACAAUAUACAGUUCCAUGUUUAUAUGCGCUGUUACCAAACAAACAAGAAGCCACUUAUACAAGACUUUUUUGCCAGAUUUUCAAUAUAAGACAGCAACUGAAUCCCACGUCCAUCAUGAGUGUCUUUAAAUCAGCAACAAUUAAUGCUGCCGUCACUGUAUUCCCUAAUGCAACAAGGAAGGGGUGCUUUUACCAUCUGUCGCAGUGCGUUUACAGAAGAGUACAGGCUGAAGGACUACAACAACAAUACCAAGAAGACAAUGACUUUGCGUUAGAAGUAUGCAUGCUUCCAGCGCUGGCUUUCGUAACAGCAGAAGUGAUUGACGCAUUUGAGACUUUGCAACAAGAAUUAUCCUAUGAAGCCAAUAUUAUAGAAGAUUAUUUUGAAGAUACAUUUAUUGGACGCAAUUGUGGUCGACGCCACAACUGUCAUUGGCAGCAACCAAGAUUCCCUAUAUCACUGUGGAACAUGCAUGAGAGAGUUGAAGCGAACCUGCCCCGUACCAAUAAUCACAUCGAGGGUUGGCAACGGCAACGGGCUGGGGGUAAAUGGCCGGGGGACAAAUGGCCGGGGAGCAACGGGCCUACAUCCAUGCAGUGGUAA